UCCCUUCCCCCAGCGGCGCGCUGCACUGCGCAGGCGGCGGCGCUGGCGCGAUGGCGGCUGGGGACGGCGGCGACGAGGUGCGGGUGCUGCAGAACCUCCGGGGGAAGAUCUAUGACGCCAAACACUUAGUACCCAACAAAAUGAGAGACUUUUUCUGUACCAUAAACUUGGACCAAGAAGAAGUUUUUCGUACACAGGUAGUUGAAAAGUCUUUAAGCCCUUAUUUUGGGGAAGAGUUUUACUUUGAGAUUCCAAGAACGUUCCAGUGGUUGUCCUUCUACAUUUAUGAUAAAAGUGUUUUGCAAAAAGACCUGCGUAUAGGAAAGGUAUCAAUCAAAAAAGAAGAUUUAUGCAACUACACAGGAAAAGAGAACUGGUUUAUGCUUCAACCCGUUGAUUCUAAUUCAGAGGUUCAGGGAAAAGUUCACCUUGAAUUAAAACUGAAUGAACUGAUAACAGAUAAUGGAUCUGUGUGCCAGCAGCUAGUAGUACACAUAAAGGAGUGCCAUGGGUUGCCUCUUAUAAAUGGACAGAAUUGUGACCCUUAUGCAACUGUCUCUCUUGUGGGGCCUUCCAGGAAUGACCAAAAGAAGACCAAAGUAAAGAAGAAAACAAGCAAUCCGCAGUUUAACGAAACGUUUUAUUUUGAGGUAACCAGGUCCAGCAGUUACACCAAAAAGUCCCAGUUUCAGGUGGAAGAAGAAGAUAUUGAGAAACUAGAAGUCAGGGUUGACCUAUGGAAUAACGGAAAUCUGGUACAAGACAUCUUUCUAGGAGAAAUUAAAGUUCCCGUGAAGGUGUUAAGAAAUGAUUCCUUUCAAGCAUGGUACUUACUUCAACCAAGAGAAAAUGGAAACAAGUCUUCUAAAACUGAUGAUUUGGGAUCACUUAGAUUAAAUAUCUGUUAUACUGAAGACUGUGUACUUCCAUCCGAAUACUACGCUUCUCUAAGAAAUUUGCUGCUAAAAUCACCAGAUGUUCAGCCGAUUUCUGCAUCUGCUGGCUACAUACUGAGCGAAGUUUGUCGAGACAAGUAUGAUGCUGUUCUGCCUCUUGUACGGUUAUUGCUACACCACCAUAAGCUAGUUCCGUUUGUUGCUGCUGUGGCAGAACUAGAUCUGAAGGACACGCAAGAAGCAAACACAAUCUUCAGAGGCAACUCAUUAGCAACUCGGUGUGUAGAUGAAAUGAUGAAAAUAGUGGGGAAGCACUACCUAAAGGUUACUUUGAAACCUGUUAUUGAUGAGAUCUGUGAGUCUCCUAAACCCUGUGAAAUAGAUCCCAUCAAAUUAAAAGAAGGGGAUAAUGUAGAAAUUAAUAUGGAAAAUCUACGCUAUUAUGUAGACAAAGUAUUCCGUGAAAUUGUGCGGUCAAGUAUAAGUUGCCCUACCCUAAUGUGUGAUGUUUUUUAUUCUUUGAGGCAUCUGGCUGCCAAAAGAUUUCCAAAUGACCCUCAUGUACAGUAUUCUGCAGUGAGCAGCUUUGUGUUUCUUCGUUUCUUUGCUGUAGCCGUAGUCUCACCUCAUACUUUUCAUUUACGACCUCACCAUCCAGAUGCACAGACUUCUAGAACAUUAACUCUUAUAUCAAAAGCCAUCCAGACUUUGGGGAGCUGGGGAAGUUUGACCAAAAGCAAACUUUCAAGUUUCAAGGAGACAUUUAUGUGUGAAUUUUUCAAAACAUUUCAAGAGGAAAAAUUUACUGAAUCUGUUAAAAAGUUCCUAGAUGAUGUUUCCUCUACUGAAAGUAAAGAGCCCAGUGGUCUGAGUGAGCCAGUACAUCUAAAAGAAGGAGAAAUGUACAAAAGAGCUCAGGGAAGGACUCGGAUUGGUAAAAAGAAUUUCAAGAAGCGGUGGUUCUGUCUAACAAGUAGAGAAUUCACCUACCACAAACAGCAAGAUAAAGAACCAAUUUUCACUAUUCCAAUCAAAAACAUCCUUGCAGUGGAGAAACUUGAUGAGAGCUCCUUCAACAAGAAAAAUAUGUUUCAAGUACUACAUGGAGAAAAGCCGCUCUAUAUCCAAGCAAAUAACUGUGUAGAAGCUAGUGAGUGGAUAGAAGCUCUUUGCCGGGUAACGAGGUGCAACCAGAAGAGGCUCAAUUUUUACCAUCCUUCUGCUUUUCUGAAUGGGAACUGGCUUUGCUGCAAGGCUACAAUAGAGAACACAGUGGGCUGUGCUCGUUGCACUGCAGAUGUUCCUGCUGAUACUCAAAUUGAGAUUGAUGGAGACAGAGAGGCAGAAAGAAUUUACUCACUUUUCACUAUCAACAUGCCUAAACUACAGAAGUUGGAAGAGGCUUGCGGAAGUAUAGCAGUCUACCAAGGUCCGCGGAAAGAACCAGAUGAUUAUUCAAACUUCACAAUUGAAGAUUCUGUAGCAACUUUUCAUACACUUAAACAGAUCAUAGAUAUAGUAGAAAAGCUGAAUGAAUCGCAUGAAAAAUACCAAAAGAAGAGAUCGUCUAGUGCUAAAUAUGGUAGUGAAGAAAAUCCAAUUGUUGGAAAAGUUUCCUAACCAAAACAAACUGUGGCGCACUUGGAUGAAAAAAGAAACUGGAAAUGUUCUUGAGUGUUUUGGGGUUUUUGUUUUGUUUUUGUUUUUUUAAAUUCAUUAUGUGCAUUUUUACAAAGUAUUUAAGAAUGAACAUAAAUGCUUGUUGUGUUGACAAUCUAUUUAAUAUUUAAUAGAAAAAUAUCUACUUGGAAAUCUGGUCUUAAGGUUUAUUCUCAUUUUGCUGAAGAACUUGAAGUUCCGAGUUCUUGAAGUAAUAGGUGUGAAUGAAUCUAAAUGUUGUUUUGCUAUUGUUGUCUUAUUAGAAAGAACUUUCGAAACAAAUAAGCUUUUUAAUGGAAGAAAAUCCACACAGCAUUUGUUGGUUGGAUUACAUCUCUCAAUACAAACACUGCAAACUUGCAUGAGUUUACCAUGAGUGCCUGCCCUGCUGAUAUGGAUCUUGAAAUAGAAAUCCCAAGAUACUAUGACAUGGAAAAGAUCUGAAGCUUCAUGCUCAAUUCAUUUGACUUUUUUUCUUGUAUUAGGUGUUGUCAGGACUUGAUUUCUCUACAGCUGAAGUCUUACAAAAAUCUUGCAGUGUGCUGCAGAUAAUCUGGACAGCAGAUACCAGUGUUAGUUAUGUUUUUAAAUACUAAAGAAGAAAUCAGGGAACUUAUGUUGUACCUCUUGUUUACAUUUGGGGUGAGUAAUAUAUGGAAUGACAUUAGACCACUAUCUAUAUUUUCUUUAGGAUUUUUUAAGGUACAUAUUUUUUCUUAAUCUAAAAAGAAAUGCAGGGUAGCAACAUUCGUUUUAAAUGAAGUUUGCCUACAGAUAGUAAAAUUUAAAUGUGAAUAGAUUGUGGUUAAGUACUGAUCAAUUUACAUCAUCCCAUGUAUGAUUUUAUUUCUUUUUUUUUUUAUAAAAAGUAAUAACUAGGUCCAGCUUACCUUUUGACUACAAAUCUAAUAAAUAAUCUCUAUUAUAAUCACUCAAAGCACUUUAGAUAUCUGGACUAUCCCAGAUUAUUUUUAGAUACUUUGUAGUAUCUGCUUGUUAUGAUCAGUUGAAUGAUCAACAUUGUUUUGUCUUUAAGCAAUGCUUCAGUGAAUAUUUUUAUAUCUUUAGUUAUAUGGAUUUGUAUUUGCCACUUAACACAAUCUUAAACUGGCGUUCUUGACUUUAGUAAAAUUAAUUUUUGCUCACUUCAUCUGAGAAGUUAGGUUUAUGCUGAAAGAACAUACAUGUAUAUAACCAGGAAGAAGCAAAGGUAUUACUGUGGCAACUUUGCUUCAUCAGUAUUAAAUAUAAUGGUACUCCUUGAAAUAUUAUUUUUAAUAAUAACUUUAUGUGGUACUUUUAUUUUUGGAGCAUUUGCUACGGAGUCUUUUGUUGUUGUUUUGUUGGGUGAUUUUUGGGGUGUUUUUACAAUCAUGAUUUGGCCAAAUUAACUAGGAAUGUAACUUACAAAUAGAAUAGAAAUCCACAAUGCUUGAAACAGUAAGCUGUUUAAAUUACUAUACAUUUAUUAUACUGUUGUAGGGAGGCUUUCUGUAAUAGAAGCAAGCUGGCAAGACAGGAUUGAAAUCUUUUGGAAUGAAUGUUAGAAUAUGUUGUUAGAAUAACUAUUUGAUUUAAUACCAGACAUACUGUUUUAGAAUAUCCAGGAUUCAGUACUAGUCUCUGCAACAUCGCAAUCAUUCUAUCACCUCAGCUGUUUUUGCCUUUUCCUUUUUUACACAUUUGAUGUAUUCUAAGGGAUUUUUAUUUGCCAACAAUUGAAAUGGGGGGGAGGGGAGAAUAUAGUAAUGCCAAGAAAUGUCUUUUGCCAAGGUAGAGUCUGAUUAAUUGCCAUUAAUAAAAAGCUGCCAUUAAACAAAGUUGAAUGUGGUCGAGUGUCAAAGUUAGGUUUUGCUAUAUGUGGAUUAACCCUGUGGCAAAGUGUCUGUUCCUUGGAGCCAUUUUCUGUUGUUUUAAAAGUCAAAUAUAUGAAAAAUUAAAUUGUAUACUCUUACAACAUUUUUUAAAAUAUGCACUUUUUUUUUGCUUUGGUACUGGAAUAUCUAGGAAAAAAACAAAGACCAUUGAAUAUUUGUGACCAUUAAGAUUUGAUUUCUCAUUUUAUAAUGUUUUAAAAUGCAGUAGACGUUCUAGAAUUUAAUUAGGUACAAGUAGGAUGAUUAAUAACAAAAGUUGCCUUCAUUUUGAUUAGUCUAGAAAGAUGAUGUUAUUCAGUAAUUAGUUCUGUUAGGAUUGUAAAUUAUCAUUAGUUUUAAUUUGUAUUAUGAUGAUGUAUUGUUGAAUGUAUUUUUAUUUAAAUUUUAUUUUCUUAUCAAGACAUUAAAAUGUUUUGUAACAUUGAGAAUAACUCACAAAUAAAUUACAACUUAAGAUACACUGUGUGUUUAUUGUGAGGCCUGGCUCCUUAAAAUGUUAGCAUUUAUCUGAAGACUGAAUUAAUAGUUUUACAUACAGGAGUUGUGUAUAAAUAGAUAAAUAUAGUUGGCAAGAAAAAAAAACAACAGAAUGAAGUUAGAGGGAUCUUGCAUGGUCAUCUACAGCGUUGUUACAUUUUAACUAAGAUUGAUGGUUGGAGAGAGAGAGAAGUGAUUGUUAAUCAUUUGGCAUAACAGCGUGCGUAGAAGCCUUGGUAAUUUGACAGUUUUUAAAAUGUUUGGAAUGACUAGUCUGAUGUAUUGAAGGAUAUCCGGCACUAUGUUACUAGUGUUAUAUAUGGCUAAUAUUUUUUCUUGCUUACUGAUUUGUCUUUCAUUACCUGUCCUGUGUACCAUUACCAGCUAUAUAAUUUUUCAGACCUUUUAAAAUAUAUUGCA